CCACAGACGCCUUCAAGAUUCUCUCCUCACUGUGGACCCCGGCGACGCUGGCGGGCGGCGCAACCAACGGAGGAGGCGGCAGUGGCAGUGGCAGUACCACCACCUCCAGCACCACGCCCGACAUUCCGGCCUCCAAGGCCAAGUUCAAGAUCACCGUCGUGAGCACGCCCAGCCCCUCCCCACCGCCCACGCCCCCGCCUGCAGGUUCUCUGCUUGCCCAAAUGGUCGAAACCAGUUCCCCGCCGGCAGGUUAUACACUCAAAAGAUCGCCCAGCGAUCUCGGCGAGCAGCAGCAACCACCAAGACAGAUCUCCCGUUCUCCAGGAAACUCGGCCGCCUAUCACCUGACCACCGCCAUGCUGCUGAACUCCCAGCAAUGUGGUUACUUGGGCCAGAGACUGCAAUCGGUGCUCCAGCAGCAGCAUGCCCACCAACAGUCGCAGAGCCAGACCCCAUCCUCCGAUGAUGGCAGCCAGUCGGGAGUCACAAUUUUGGAGGAGGACAGAAGAGGAGGAGCUGCAGCCGCAUCCCUCUUCACCAUCGACAGCAUUUUGGGCUCCAGGCAACAGGCUGGAGGAUCUGCUGCGAGCCAAGGCAACCACAUCGCCAGUAAUGGCAGCCAAAAUGGACUGACCUCGAAUGGCAUCAGUUUGGGCCUGAAGAGGAGUGGUGCCGAGUCGCCCGCCUCACCCAACUCAAACUCCAGUUCCAGCGCCGCCGCCAGUCCCAUCCGACCACAGAGGGUUCCUGCCAUGCUGCAACAUCCCGGCCUACAUCUCGGCCACUUGGCGGCGGCAGCGGCAAGUGGUUUUGCCGCCUCCCCCUCGGAUUUUCUAGUGGCGUACCCCAACUUUUAUCCAAACUACAUGCACGCGGCUGCGGUGGCGCAUGUGGCCGCUGCUCAGAUGCAGGCGCAUGUGAGUGGAGCAGCCGCCGGAUUGGCGGGUCACGGGCACCACCCGCACCACCCCCACGGACAUCCACACCCCCCACAUUUGGGCGCCCACCACCACGGCCACGGCCAACACCACCUGGGGCAUCUGGGCCAUGGGCCACCGCCGAAGAGAAAGCGUCGCCACCGCACCAUUUUCACAGAGGAGCAGUUGGAGCAACUGGAGGCCACCUUCGACAAGACCCACUAUCCGGAUGUGGUGCUCAGGGAGCAACUGGCCCUCAAAGUGGAUCUCAAGGAGGAAAGAGUUGAGGUUUGGUUUAAGAACCGUCGGGCCAAGUGGCGCAAGCAAAAACGUGAGGAGCAGGAGCGGCUGCGAAAGUUACAGGAAGAGCAAUGUGGCAGCACCACCAACGUCACCACCAACGGCAGCAGCGGUUCCGGCACCACCAGCACCACUGGAAAUGGUUCUGGACCCGUGAAAUGCCCCGGAUCCGAUCACUAUUCAGCGCAAUUAGUGCACAUCAAGAGCGAUCCGAAUGGGUAUAGCGACGCCGACGAAUCCUCCGAUCUGGAAGUGGCCUAAACUGAGGCCUGGCAGUGGGUGUAUAUAUGCAGAGUUAACCAAAAGUUGUAGGAUUAUUCCUAGGGCCAGUGGAUCAAUGUCGAAUCGGGGCUCAGAAUUUAUUUAAAUUAAAAAAUAUAUUUAUUUUAUAUCAUUUAACUGGUACAAUUAAAAAUAUAUAUUUUUAUUUGUUGGAUGUACAAGCUGCAUUUACUUACAAUCUGUUGAGGGUAAUUAAAAUUUGUUAAUUGAGUUAACAAACUUGUUUAUUUACUGAAUUGUUUACAUGACUGAGUAUUUGAAAUUAAUAAAUUCAAGGAGUAAAUUUAAAAGGACAUUGCAAAAUCGGCCCUUAUCUGAUAAGUUUUGUUUUGUAUAUAGACAAGAAGGAGAGCAUUUUUGAACAUUUUUUGUUACUAAGUUAUAAGUUGAAAAGAACUAAGAAACGCCAGAGGAACUAGAAUAGUAUCUUAAUUAUAUUUAGUAAAAUCUGUACAGUCACUAAUUUUAUGUAAACACGUAUGUGCGCGAUUGUAUGUAUUAAACUAUGUAAGUGUGAAUGCAUUUUGUCUUAAUUGUUUCGUGUCCUGUGUCCAAGUCCAAAGUUAAUUGCAUCUAAUAAACAAAUAUCCAUUAAAGAGUAUUGAUUAGUAAGCGAAACAUACCAUACUAGACGAAAGUUAAGUGUCAUUCCUCCAACGAUUAAUUCUAAUGUUAAAACUAACUUAUUGAAAACCGAAAAUAAAACAAAAAACUC